AUGAACCAAGAACCGCCCCAAAAGGCAACUAUAAUCGGAAUAUCAGGCCCAUCAAGCAGCGGCAAAACAACCCUAGCCCGCCUCCUCCAGCGCAUCUUCUGCGGGGUGAAUCUGACAGCCAAUGGCGAUGUCAACCUAAACACCUUUAUAAUCCAUGAAGAUGAUUUUUAUUUCCCGGAUGAUCAAAUCCCAACAGUAACCCUCCCCUCAGGAAAACAAAUCCAAGACUGGGACACAGCAAGCGCAAUCGACAUCCCCUUCCUCUCAAAAGCAUUAACAUACGUCCGCGAAAACGGAACCCUACCACCCCGACUCCGCAGCAAAGAAGAUCAAAAUGACGAAGGAGAGAGCGGGAUUGACGAUAGUGUUGUGUUUGAGCUGAGGGAUAUUGUCACUCAAGCACUAUCAUCAUCUUUUUUAGAAGGAGGGAUAAUGCAAACAGUCGCAUUCCUGGAAGGAUUCCUCCUUUUCAGCCCGCCAGACACCACAAACAACCCACAGGAAAAGAGUAAGGAGCAUCACAUCCUCCGCCCAGUCCACAACGCCAUAAACCUACACCUUUUCUUACCGGCGCCAUAUGAACUUGUGAAAGCGAGGCGGGAGGGGAGGAGUGGGUAUGUGACCAUUGGCCCUGCGCCUGAUGUGUCUGAUUCUACGAAUACCGUGAAGCAUGAGACUGGGUCUGGUGAUAUCGAUCUUGAAGGUGAAGAUGAUCGUCCGCCGCAAAACUUUUGGACGGAUCCGCCGGGGUAUGUUGAUGAUAUUGUUUGGCCUAGGUAUGUGGGUGAUCAUCGCUGGUUGCUUGUUGCCGAUGAGGGAGGGGAUGGGGGUGGGUCUGGGGAUGAGCUUGGGGAUUUGGUGAAGAGGGUUGGGGAUGGGAGAAGGGUUAGGAGGGAUGUUGGGGUUGAGGUUGCGCCAGGGUGUGGAGAGGAGGGGAUGGAGGUUGUGCUUAGGUGGGCUGUUGAGUUGAUUUUGGGGUAUUUGGCGAAGGGGAAGACCAUGUAA